AUGAAGCUCUCACUUCUUCUCGCACUUUUGCCUGUGGCUCUUGCCCUUCCUGCCCCGGUCAUCGUUCCCCGUGCCGGCGCUCCUAUCCCCGGAAGAUGGAUCGUCAAGAUGAAGAACGAGAACCUUCAGAACCUCAUCGACACUGCCUUGAAGAUUCUCAAGAAGGACCCUGCUCAUGUCUACAAGUUCGCUGGAUUCGGUGGUUUCUCUGCUGAUAUGGCUGAUGACAUUGUUGAGCUGCUUCGCAACCUCCCUGGUGUCGACUACAUUGAGCAGGACGCUAUUGUUAGGGCCAACCUUGGCGAGUCGCACCUCGAGAAGAAAGCCUACGUAACCCAGUCUUCUUCUACCUGGGGCCUUGCUCGUAUCUCUCACCAGAGCAAGGGUAGCACAUCCUACACCUACGACGACUCUGCUGGCGCCGGUACUUGCGCCUAUGUCAUUGACACUGGCAUUUCCACUACGCACCCCGAGUUUGAGGGUCGUGCUACUUUCCUCGCCAACUACGCUGGCGAUGGUCAGAACACUGACGGUAACGGCCACGGCACCCACUGCGCCGGUACUAUCGGAUCCAAGACCUAUGGAGUCGCUAAGAAGACCAAGCUUUACGCUGUCAAGGUCCUUGAUGCCAGCGGUUCGGGUUCCAACUCUGGUGUCAUUGCUGGUAUCAACUACGUCGCCAACGACGUCAAGACUCGCAGCUGCCCCAACGGCGCUGUUGCUAACAUGUCUCUUGGUGGCUCUCGCUCUACUGCUGUCAACGCUGCUGCGGCCAAUGCUGUCACCGCUGGUGUCUUCAUGGCUGUUGCUGCUGGUAACGAGGCUCAGGAUGCUAGCAACUCCUCGCCUGCAUCCGAACCCACUGUCUACACCGUCGGUGCCACCGACAGCUCAGACAAGCUCGCCUCUUUCUCCAACUACGGUGCUGGUGUUGACAUCCUUGCUCCCGGUGUUGCCAUCCUCUCUACCUGGCUCAACGGCGGCACUAACUCCAUCUCUGGUACCUCCAUGGCUACUCCUCACGUUGCUGGUCUUGCCGCCUACAUCCUUGGUUUCGAGGGCAAGAAGACCCCUGCUGCCCUCUCCUCCCGCCUCACUACCCUGUCGCUGAAGAACAAGAUCACUGGUCUUCCUUCUGGUACCAAGAACCAGCUCGCCUUCAACGGUAACCCCAGUGGUUAA